AUGGCUGGCAGCGAAGCAGUGGAGCGGAAUGGAAGGCCGCUAGAGAUAUCGACCGAGCGAGAAGAGUAUGGUAGGAGAUUUUUGACAGCCUGCAACGCAGGCUUGCUGCAUCCCCUGGAAGUUUUAUUGGGUGCGCCGGCGGGAAAAGAUGCGCAUACCCCGUACGCGGGCGAAGUCAACUGGGGCCCAAGCACUGCGAAUUUCCCCACAAACUCUUCCCUCACCCAAGCGGCCGAGUUAACUAACUCAAUACUCCGUAGUCGUGGGUCUAUUCGGCACAUCGGGUGGGAUUAUCGAUUUUCAGAUGUCUUUAAGCCGCCGUCCGACACUAGUUUUAUUUUAGUGGCAACAAAGUCAAUGCUUUCUGGAGGCGAUUUCGGAGGAAUGCGCGCUUGUCACAGAAUUGGGAACGGUGCGAUGAGGGCAGACCCGUCUUUCGCAGAUGAAAAGCCUAACAAACCAUUGUUAAAGCAGCCUCGUGUCAUGUUGGAUUCGAGGCCCAUGUUCUGCAUGUUACAUGAAUGCUGUCAUCCCGCUGUUUCAUGA